UACCUACAUGUCAUUUGACUCCAACAUAUACACACUACACAACCGACAACCAACAGAGUCAAGUCAACCACCUACAUAUCCACACUACACAUCACAAUGGGAGGAAGAUUAGAAGGCAAGAUCGCCAUCGUAACAGGCGCAGGCUCAGGCUUCGGUGCUGCAAUCUCCCUCGCCUUCAUCGCAGAAGGCGCCAAAGUCCUCGUCUGCGACAUCAAUGUUGCAGGCGGCGAAGCCACUGUGGCAAACAACCCGUCUGCCCUUGCCUUUCAUCAAAUGGACGUGACGAAGCCCUCGGACUGGGACGCCACCAUGUCCGCCGUCACGGCGAAAUGGGGCCGCUGCGACAUCCUUGUCAACAACGCCGGGUGGAGCUACAAGAACAAGCCGACAGAUCAAGUCACCGAGGAAGAGUUCCAGCGGUGUUUCGACAUCAAUGUGAAAGGAGUGUUUUUCGGGUGUCAGGCAUGGGUCAAGCAGGCUGUUGACCGAAAGGAAGGUGGUGUGAUUAUUAACAUUGCAAGUGUGGGUGCUACGAGGCCGAGACCCGGGUUGGUGUGGUACAAUGCAUCAAAGGGCGCUGUUUGGAAUGCUACAAAAGGUCUUGCGGCUGAAUACGGACCGCACAAGAUUCGAGUCGUCAGCGUCUGUCCGCUAGUCACGGCGACGGGCUUGUUCUCAGCUUUCACCGGCAUGGAAGAUAGUCCCGAGAACCGUGCAAAGUUCACUUCAAACGUGCCUCUAGGGCGUAUAGGCGAGGUUGAGGAUGUCGCUGGGGUCUGUGUUUUCUUGGCGAGCGAGGAAGCGAGGUUUAUCACAGGUGUGAAUCUAGAGGUGGAUGGUGGGAGAUGUAUUUGAGUAGGGA